AUUUCUCUAUAUAACACUUUGAUUCAAGUCAGAGACAUUUCGGACUACGUCGCCAUCGCUUUUGGAAUCUUACCAAACUUGUGGAUCCUGCUGGCCACACUUACGUCACAGGAUCUCCGCGCGCGCAUGCGCAAUAAAAUCGUCUGCAGCUUCUGCGUGCUGCACCUCCUGGACUGCUUGCUGUUCAUGCCGAUGUGGAUAGAAGCCAUUCGACUUUCCAAGCGUUAUGGUAUUUUCAACUGUAACUUAUUUAACUUCAUCACACUUAUUUACCUCUUGCAGGACUUCAUCUCCAACUGGACGUUGGUGCUGCUGGUCGUUGUCUUCAUCGCCCGAAUUUGUGACUUCAAGCCGUACGCAGGUUUGACAAGUCUGACAACGACGCUCGGAACGUACGCCAUCUUGAUCUCACCUUGGGUGGCUUCCCUUGUCAUCAUCCCAGGAGUUAGGAACUCGCUUUGGUAUUCUUAUCUUAAAAGCAACAAUAUUUCCACCACUGAUGGCUGUGUAUACUCAACACCAGAUGCGUUCCUUGUUAUCAAAUCCCUGGAUACGGCUGUGCCCCUAUUCACGGCUGUGGCCCUAAUGGUGACGGCUGUGGUAUUAAGGCGCCGACGGUUCACGAGAGGAUUCUCUGGGGACAUGGAGGUGGAGCUCAUUGAACGGGGACCGGAAGUCGACAGCCAUUUUGGAUACACGGCAGCUGUUGUCGUGUCGUUUGUUUGCGACUUCGCCACUGCAUUCAUGAUUUUUGAUCUGAUUGAGAUCAGGAUGACCCAAAGGUAUGAAAAUUGUACAUAAAUAUGUGCUGAUAUUAAUCAUAAUCUGACUAAACUUAUGCAGGUGAGUGAUAAUUGCACAUAAAUAUGGGCUGAUAUUACUCAUAAUCUAACUAAACUUAUGCAGGUGAGUGAUAAUUGCACAUAAAUAUGGGCUGAUAUUAAUCAUAAUCUGACUAAACUUAUGCAGGUGUGUGAUGAAAUUGCGUAGUAUAACUUAGUUUUGGGCCAAUUUUAAAGUGUUUGCCAAUUACUAAAUAUUUUAGGCUAAUACUUCUCAUUGUACGGCUAAUCAUAUACCAAUUUAUGGUAAUCUUUCAACAUGAAGAAAAUCUUACACAAAUUUACUAGAAGUUAAGUUUUAUAGCUUUUUCCAUUUUUAAAUUCUACUAUUUUUUCCUAGGCCUAUUUUUACAAGCUUCAAUGCAUUUAAUGUUCACAAUACGGUGAUCUUAAGAGCUUGGCCAUAAUUUCAACGUGCAAUGCUUUAAACGUUCUAUCAACAUUAAAAAUGUUGAGUCAUUAUAUGAGGUUUUUUAACUCUAUUUUUCUAAGUUUGAAAAAAAAAUAAAUAAAUAAAUACAAAAAAUGACUUCGAUUUUUAAAGCAAUAUCUCAAGUCAACGUAAACCUACGGGUAACUAACUGUGAUAGAGAGGGCGGUCUAUCCCUGGGGGGGGGGAAGUUAAUUGGGGCAGCAAGUGAACUGUGCAGGUCCAACUGUGGUGUACUUUGCCUUUAGCGCCCUGUUACACUGCACCUCCAUUAGCCCCAUCAGCAAAUUUAUAGGUGCAGUUUCCACGUCUAUGACAAAUGGGUUACGAAAAAGCUCGAAAUUAAAUUUCUGUGUUUCAAAGUCACUGAAGCGCCUUGCGAACUCAACGCGAAGUAAGCAACGUUUUUCAGCAAAGUGUGCAUUGGAAAACACCAUAGCGUUGACUUGGAUAUAAUUGUACGCCGGUCAAGACCUUGCUGGCCUAAUAUAAUUGUACGGCGGGCCGGAUGUGACCCGCGGGCCUUCAGUUUGACACGUGUGCUCUAAAGGUUCUGCAUUGUCUCUUUUCUAAGUGUGUCUUUUUUUACUUUCAAUCUGUGUGCUCAUUCGUCUCUAAUAUUCAAAUACUCUAAAAGUCUGCAAUUGACUCUCUUGCUAUAUGUGUAGCUUUUUAGACUUCCAAGUUCUCUGAUAGCACCGUCUCUGAUGCUCAGAUCGUCUAAAAGUUAUGCGUUGACUCUGUCCAAAGUGUUACUCUUUCUUUUCACUUCAAUUUAAUCAGCAAAUAAGACGAUAGACAAGAAACAAAAAUAAUGAUUUUAUUUAUAUUUAAUUUAUAAACAGGUGGGUCUUCUCUUUGGUGGCAUACGUCAUGUCCCAGACUCAAGUCUUCCUCACUCCUCUGCCCUGGCUGCUCUUCCCAGACAUCAGAGAGCGUGUCAAGACGUGGAGACCGUGGCACUCUGUCAAACUCUGGCAUUGA